CAAUCUGUCCUUAAAAUACUCACCUGAGCCCUCCUCUAUCUGAGUGACUCACCUGAUACCCCUGUACCUGAGUCAAUCUGUCCUUAAAAUACUCACCUGAGCCCUCCUCUAUCUGAGUGACUCACCUGAUACCCCUGUACCUGAGUCAAUCUGUCCUUAAAAUACUCACCUGAGCCCUCCUCUAUCUGAGUGACUCACCUGAUACCCCUGUGCUUGAUCUCACCUGCACCAGAGUCGGUCUGCCCCUGAAAGACUCACCUGAGCUCUCCUGUGAUAGAAAGAGAGAGCUGGGAUCCCACACAGCCCCUCAACCAGCACGCCAUUCAGUGAAGAGUGGAGCUCGCCCUCGCCAAUCAUCCGACAUGCUCUCGUCUGCCCUGCUGGACAACCGGAAAUGGGCGGGAAAGGAGGAGCCGGAAAAGCAGGAGCGCCGGGAAGCAAACGGGAACGCCGCUCCUGGGGCGACUUCCACAGGGAAGAAAACGAGGCCAGAGACGACCAAAGAAGACAACAACAACAACAGGAACCACAGCGCCGGAGAUCUGGAGCGCCGCAGGGAGGAAGUGAGGUCGCCAGGGACCUGUCGCCACCACGAGGAGAACGGCAACGGCGACGGGAUCUGCGAACCGGAAGUGGACGCCAACUGCAACGACCCUUCCCUGCAGUGCCGGUGCUGCAGAGAGCAUUCCCCGCCGGGGGAACCGGGGAAAAAGACGCCCCCGGAAACAACCCUGGAUGAGCGGGGAGGGCAGGAGCAGCCGGGGUCCCUGCAGCCCCCCUGCUCGUGUGAGGAGCUCCCGCAGUCUCCUCUGGAGUUCACCCUCUCCAGCUUUGGCUCCUCCUCUUCCUCCUCGAUCAGCAGCUGCUCCAACUUCGAAUCCGACUCCAAUCCCGAGUUCCCGGGGGACUCCCGGCAGGAUGUGGGGGGCGGCGUCCUCUCACCGGAUUCCUGGAGGCAGCCCGAUAUCGUCCCCCUGGAGCAGGGCGUGGAGUCGAGGUGCUUGGAGAAGACCGAGACGCAGCAGGAGGGCCUUUCCGAAGUCUUUAUUCCCUGCUCUUCACCGGAUGAAGGCUACCCUUCCGGGCGCUGCUCCCGUUCCUCGUCAUUCCCGGAGCUGGGGGAUGGGGAGGGGGAGGAGCUCCCGGAUUCCCUGGCUGGCAGCCCGGAUGAGGACAACGACAGGAAUUACCAGCCUUCCUCCGGAUUGUCCUCCAGCGGCGCCUCUCCCUGCUCCGAGCCAGAGAGCGGGGACGGGAGCAAGCCAGCCCGGAGCUCUCCUCCCAACCAGUCCUUUUCCUUCUACUCCUCCCCCAGCCCCCUGUCCCAAAUUCAUGGGAUUCCCGGCAACACUCCCAAUAACAUUCCCAAACUGGAAAAAGCGGACGAUCCCAGCUCCCAAAUCGGAUGGACCGCAGACCGAAAGCAAGCUGUCCCGAUCCCUCCCGAUCGCUCCGGCACCGGAACCGCGCCGAGGACCGGCCGAAUUCCCAAUAUUCCAGGCGUCGUUAUUAAGAACGAGGAGGAGGUCACCGAUCUGGACUCCCGUGGCACAGAUCCCAUUCCCGGAAGGAGAUCCGACCCUCCUGGGAACGCUGCCCGCGGGGAGAAGGAGGGAGACAUUCCCGCAGGGAGCGCCGGCCAGCGCUGGGACAGCUGGGCUGAUGUCCUGGGGGAGAAGGAGGGAAGAGGAAAGGGGGGAAGGUGGUCUCUGGUUUUGGAUUUGGGGGGGCCGGGUUACAUGGACCGGCUCCUGGGACAGCGCUCCCCUCUCCUGGACUCCCGCGGGAUUCCGGAGCCCCAGAAGAACAUCACGUCUUUCCACGAGCUCGCCCGCCGGAGGAGGAGGAGCAGCAGCGGCUCGGCCAAUCACACCAUGGCUGGUGGCGGCGGGGAGCAAUCCGAUUGGCUCAUGGUUUUCUCCCCGGACACGGAGCUCCCUCCCCGGCCGUUCGGAAGCGGGAAUCUCCGGGCGGAGGGGACGGAAGAGGAGGGGGAGGAGGGGGAAGAGAGGAGGAGCAGCAGCAGCCCCCCAAAAGGAGGGACUCAGGUUGGAUCAAAUGUGAUCACCUUCAAAGAGCUGAGGCUCCGGAGCAGGCAGAGACAAAACUGGGGGUCCUGUUCCAGUGAUGACGGGGCGGUCCACGUGGAGCCGGAAGACCCCCCACCUUUCCCCAGUGCCUGGGACCCCUUCCCCGAGGAGGCCGGGGGUCCCGAACCCUCCGCGGCUGCCCAGCCUCCCCCGCCAGCCAUCAGCUUUUACUUCCAGAGUCAGACGCCACUGGCCAGGAGGCACUCCCGGCCAGCCCUGCAGCCAAUCGCAGAGGGAGCUGCGGAAGACGAUCCCCGCCCCUCGGGGACUCCGCCCGGCGAUGGCAGCCCCCGGGAAUCAGGGGGCGACGGAGAGGGGGAGAGAGGCACCGCGGAUGGAGGGAGAGGGAGGGAGAGACACUUUGCAGCAGUUUCUGCUCUCUCUCCCUACUUCCAUCGCCCUGAUCAGACCCACGCUGUGCUGCUCCCUCCAGUCCAGUACCAGAACCGACACCACCAGCAGCACCUGCUAUUCCACCACCCGUCCACCAGGGGGAGCCAGCUGCUGUCCAGCUCAGACGAGUCCACACCCUGGCUUCGUUAUCUCUCCGGGCAGCCAGGGGGCGCCCUCCUCUUCCCUGACCCCCUCUCCCCCCCCACCCCGCCUCGCCUCUCCCCGAUUGGCUCCUACUCGCCCCCUGUCAGGGCUGGCUUGCCCCCCCAGUGCACGGACCUGCCCAGUCUCUGCUGCACCUUCUUCCCCCGCAGCCGAACCCUGCCCAGCCUCCGGGCCUGCCCGGGGGGGCCCCAGGACGGGGGGCAGGGGUCUGGAGGGAGGGUCCCUGCAGCCGCCUCUCACACGGGCAGAACUCAUGAACAGCCCGUUCGCAGCCUCUCAUUCGCCGGACCGCUGCAGGUGGGUGGGACCCGGAUGGCUGGCUCCUUGAGGACCUCUCCAGGUGAUCAGGAGCUGCCUCUGCUGUGCCUGCAGCAGAAGAGCGCUCUGGUGAAUGCUGUCAGCUCUGCUGUUGAGGAGAUCCUAUCUCACUUCAGCUCGUCACGAACGCUCGUCCAGAAGGCGCAGUCGGGGGACAGCAGGUUGAACCCCUCUCUGGCCCGGCUGGUGCUCCAGGCCCUCUGCCCGGCUCUUCGCUCCCUGCUCUCCGACGGACUCAAGCCCUAUCAGAGUGACCUCAUCGUGGGCCGCAGGAGGAAUUCACCCUGGGGGCUGGUGGAGGCCUCCACACGACCAGGCCCCAGUACUCAAGGUCUUCACCUCCUCUCCUCCCGGCUCUGCCAGCUCCCUGAGCUUCGCAACACAAACAAGAGAUUCAACGCCUUCGUCUUUGGACUGCUCAAUCUAAAGCUACUGGAUCACUGGCUAUGA